AUGGGCAACGUUCAUGGUCAUACGCUGCUCAUGGCGGGCCUCACCACGCUCCUCGUGACGGCCAUGUGGUACCUCUCGACGAAGCGACGCGCCCUGCGCGCGUACCGGUACCGCGAUGGCUUUGCCGCGUUUGAAGACACCAAAGCGACGACGACGCCGCGGCCCACGCGCAUGCCUGUCAUUCAAGAUCGAUACCUCAAGUCCAAAGUGCCGUCGACGUUGGAUGCGAUCGUCGUGGGCAGCGGCAUUGGUGGUCUCGGCGUCGCUGCUAUCCUGGCGCGCAUGGGCUGGCGCGUGCUGGUCUUGGAGCAGCACGACCGCGCUGGCGGCGCCACGCACACGUUCGAGGACAUGGGCGUCGAGUUCGACACGGGCACGCACUACAUUGGUUCGAUCGACCCGCAGUGCCGCGAGUACAUGGAGCUCAUGGGCAUCGGUGAUGAUGUGCUGCAAUGGGACCCGAUCGGGGCGCAUGAAGACGGGUUUGCGUACGACAAGGUGGCCGUCGGCGAGGGCGGUAGCUUCCAAGUCGCCUUUCCCGCGGGCCGCGACCGGUUCAUUGCCGAGCUUUUGCGCAAGUUCCCGGACGAGCCCAACCUCAAGGAGCAACUCGAGGCGUACGUCGACCUCUGCGAGCGAGCGACCAAGCUCUCCCAGUGGUUCUACACGCUCAAGGUCGUCGAGCCGCAGUGGCUUGGGUCGCUCUUGAUUCGGAUUGCGCUCUUCUUUGGCGACCGCCACGGCUUUAUGCGCCGCAACACGACCGACGUCAUCGACAGUAUCAUCUCCAACAAGCUCCUCCAGCGCGUUCUGUGCGGGCAGUGGGGCGACCAUGGCGUGCUCCCCGACUCGGCACCCUUCUACAUGCACAGCCAGAUCGUCAUGCACUACAUGAAUGGUGCCGUUUUCCCGCGCGGCGGGUCGGCCAAGAUUGCCGAAGGCCUCGUGCGCUCCAUCGAGCACAGCGGCGGCCGCGUCCUCGUCAAGGCCUCGGUCGCCCAAGUCCUUGUCAAAGGCGGCAAGGCCGUCGGCGUCCAGCUCGACAACGGCGACACCUUCCACGCGCCCGUCGUGGUCUCAAACAUUGGGUUCUUCAACACGCGCGACAAGCUCCUCGACUCGUCGACACUUGCGACGCUGCCACCAAACUGGCGGCAGUUUGAGGUCGUCGCCAACGCGCAGCGGUCCGUGACCAUGUGCUUUCUCUUCGUCUCGCUCGAGGGCACCGUGAGCGAGCUGGCGCUGCCAGCCUACAACGUCUGGUCGUGGCCCGACGUGACGGCGACGACGACGUACACGGAGCGGUUCCAGGAGGUGCUGCAGAAGGGCCUCCACGACAGCACGUCGCGGCCCGUGACGUUCAUCGCGUUUCCGUGCGCAAAAGAGUCGACGUGGCACACGCGGUAUCCCGGGAAGAGCAAUGCGCUCGUACUGGCGAUGGUCAACUUUGAAGACUUUGCGCCGUGGGCGCACAUGAAGAGCGCCGACCGGGACAAGGACGCUGCGUACCAAGCGAUCAAGGCGCAGUGGAAAUCCAAGCUCGAGAAGGAGCUGUACACGUACUACCCGCAGCUGCAAGGCAAGGUCAAGGGCAUGGAUGUGGGCACGCCGCUGAGCUACAACACGUACUUGAACGCGGACAAGGGCGAGGUCUUUGGCCUCGAAAUGGGCAAGUGGCGCUUUACGCCCGCGGCCUUUGACGUGCUUCGACCAUCGACGCCGAUUCGAGGAUUUUACCAGACGGGCCAAGACAUUGUCGCGAUCGGUAUCAUGGGCGCGCUCAUGUCGGGCGUCGUGACCGCGCACAACAUUCUGAAAUUUGGCCAGUUGCCGUCGCUCGCCACCGGGCACUUUGACUUGUACGACGACUGCAAGCAAAAAGGCGUUGUGCGACCGUCCAAGGCCACGAUGGCCUAAGAAGAAUCGUUGCUAAAGCGCAACACGGUCCUCCUUGCAUCAAAUCAAUAUCCUUGGAG